ACAGAAGAAAUAUCAAAUAUUUGGCUUAUUGACUUGCACUGGACUCAAUUUUCUCUCUCGAGAUCCUCAUUCCAACUAAAUUCUAGGUCUGUGCAAACAUUCACAACUAGAUUAUAAUAAUAUCUGGUUUUGGCAGUUUCUCCGUCCAUCAAUUAUACCAACCAACCAAAUGAAUGUUGCAGCCAUGCAUGGAAAUCUAGUAAUAGUUGUGGUUGUGUUGUUGAUGGCUGAAAAAUCCGUUAAUGGAGCAGGUGACACCCUCACAAAAGGAGAAUCUCUUACAGGAAGCCAGACUUUAACCUCAAAGGGUGGAACGUUUGAGUUGGGGUUCUUCCACACAUCCACAGACAGAUUCUACCUUAGCAUUCGUUACACCCAGAUUGAACCAAAGCCUCUGGUUUGGGUCGCUAACAGAGAUAAACCUUUGCCCGACGCAACCGCUGCCAACCUCCAAAUAGCUUCCAACGGAGAUCUUCAACUACACUACGGUCGUGAUCUCUUUUGGUCAACUUCAACCUCGGCGGAAAGCGUGGCGGCAGUGCUCAGCGACGACGGAAAUCUGAUCGUGAGAGAUGAAAGCCGGCCGGAGAAGAAGAAACUCUGGCAGAGUUUCGAUCAGCCUACUCACGCUUGGCUGCCCGGAGCUACACUCGGCGGCGCGCGGCGGCUGGUCUCCUGGAAGAGCGACGAAGACCCUUCGGCGGGGAUGUUCUCGGCGGAGAUGUCGUCCGAAUCCAAGGUGGUGCUGAAGUGGAACGAAUCGGCGGUGUAUUGGGAGAGUGAAAGCUACGAGCCCGGCAAUCAGUUUGGUUUCGAUGCUCAACAGUUGAAUUCCCUUUCCAUCAGGUUUGAAGUGGAGAAGCAAUACGUGAGGCUUGAGAAUACUCUUGCUAUUAUGAUUAACGACACUUUCCGCCUUGAUUUCUCGAUGCUGGUGAUGGAUCAUCGCGAGGGGAGGCUGAAGAGGGUCCCAUCAAGGGGCAGUAGCGGCGGUGGGGCGUGGGCUUCUCCGUCGUCCCUGCCCGCGGAGCGCUUCUGUGGAACCUAUGGAGUACUCACUACCACUCAUUCCUGCGGCUGUCUGCCGCGCUUCAGGCCGUCGUCGACUCCCAACCCCAUGGGUGAUAGCUGUAAUAGGAAUACACUUUUACCCGAUUGUAAUGGAAAAGGAGGCAAGGUGGGUUUUAUGGAGAUUUCGGAUAUCAUCAAGUGGCCUAACCAGCCCAAGCUAAUCACAGAAGCUGAUACUGAUAAGGAGUGUGAGCUCACCUGCCGACGGAGCUGCAACUGCACAGCUUAUGCCUUUGAUCCCACCGGAUGCUUGGUGUGGGAAGGAGAUUUAUAUGGUAUACGACGGGGCAUUUCAGAAAAUCGGAAGCUGCACGUUAAGCUUGCCUCUUCGGAACUUGCAGAAAGUGGAAGUAAAAGCAAGACUUUGGAGGUGAUCAUUGCAGUUGUGGUUCCAGUUUUGGUGCUUGUUUCGGGUGGAUUUCUGGGCUUCUUCUACAAUAGGAGGACCAAACAUAACAAAGAAAGCAAGGAAGCAGGGGAUGAUCUUUUGUCGUUCGAUUUUGACGUGAGUUUGAGCUCAACUAAUGAUGGAACAACUGUGAGGAACAUGGAAUUCGAUCUGCCCAUGUUUAGCUACUCAAGUGUUUCCGCUGCAACAAACAACUUCUCACCAGAAAAUAAGCUUGGAGAGGGAGGGUUCGGGCCCGUCUACAAGGGUGAGUUGCUAAAUGGACAAAAAUUAGCGGUAAAGAGGCUGUCCCAAAAAUCUGGACAAGGCUUUGAGGAAUUCAGAAAUGAAAUCUUGUUAAUCGCAAAGCUCCAGCACAGAAACCUUGUUCGCAUCUUGGGCUGUUGUAUUGACCCUGCUGAGAGCAUACUCAUCUAUGAGUACAUGCCUAAUAAGAGUCUAGACUUGUUCCUUUUUGGGCCAGACAAACAAGAUAUAGUACUAGAUUGGGAAACACGCAUACGCAUUGUUGAAGGGAUUGCUCAAGGGCUUCUCUACCUCCAUGAGUACUCGAGGGUGCGCAUAAUCCAUAGAGAUCUCAAGGCAAGUAACAUUCUUCUAGAUGAUGAAAUGAACCCCAAGAUAUCGGACUUUGGGAUGGCGCGUAUCUUCUUUGGAGGCACUGAUUCGCGGGCUCACACCAAUAGAGUUGUUGGAACAUUUGGCUAUAUUGCUCCCGAGUAUGCAAUGGAAGGCUUAUUUUCCAUAAAGUCUGAUGUGUACAGUUUUGGAGUUUUGGUUCUUGAGAUCAUAAGUGGAAGGAAGAACACUGGAUUCUACAAAACUGACUGUCUCAGUCUUCUUGGAUAUGCAUGGGAUCUGUGGAUUUCGGACAGAGGUGUAGAAGUGGUGGAUGAUAAGGUGGGAUCUAUGGUGGCGGCUUCGACGGCGUUGAGGUACAUAAAUGUGGGACUUUUGUGUGUGCAAGAAAAUCCCAAUGAGAGACCAAACAUGUCUAGUGUGGUGUCCAUGCUUAGCAGUGAGAUUGCAGCUCUUCCACCACCCAACAAGCCUGCAUUUUCAACUGCAAAUUUGAAGACUUCAUCUUCAUCACAGACAAGAAGUGGAGACCCAUACCCUUCUGCCAGUCUCUUAACCGUUUCAGAUGUUGUGCCCAGAUGAGAUGAUGAUGAUGCCAUUAUUCCUCAACUACUAUUUUUCUCUCUGUUAUUCAUUUGUUUUCAGUUUAUAUUCUCUAUUGCAAUAUCAUUAUGACGAUGAAGCACAGUCUAUUGGUAAGACGCUUCUUCCCCAACCAAUAGGUCGGGGGUUCGAGUCACCUAGAGGAGGGCUAGUGUGUGAGUAUAUUUUUCCUUUUUUUGAGUAAUAACAAUUUUUUUUU